CGGGAACAACAAUUAAUAAUGCUAUAGAACUAUAGAGGUCGCUAUAGCUUAUCAUUUCUGUCGAAGAAGAGAUUGCGAUAAGCAGUCUGGCAAUAAGAGUCGAGUUCGUCGUCUUGAAGACUGACAGGCCAGUGAAAAUUGUUCGUCACACUUACUUGGCAGAGGCAUGUGUGUGUAGUAUUAUGUGUACAUCUUGCUACUAAAUGAUUUUAAAACAAGAUAGGCUGUAAGUGUAAACUGAUGAUGGACAGCCAAGUUGAUUUGAAUGCAACAUGGAACACUGCUGAUUCUAGUGAGCCAGUUUCAACCAGGAAAGGUAACCAAUCUGAUGAUCAUUCAAAACAAUUAUUUCUAGACAAACAGUGCUUUUCUGUUGUUGACUGUGAUGAGAAAUGGAAGCUCCCAGACAGCUCUGUGAUGAACCCUCCACAGGAAGUGAUCAAUCAGGGUAUUGAUAGCGUACAGAUCAAAGAAGAAGGGCCAGAUGAUUACACUAUUCCAGAAAUUAAUGUGCCCAAUGGCCAAAUGUCUGUGAAUGAUCUUUCUGAUUUGGGGCAUAAUGCUGUGUCAGGGGUCAUGAAUCAUGACAGUAAAUUUGAACAGGUACAGCAGGAAUUGCCAUCCUUAGGGCAGGAACUGAUGAUGCCCUCCUCAUACCCACCUAGAAUUCAACCAAUCACAUACCAGGGAACUUCCAACGGUUCAAAUUAUUGUGCAGAAUGUGGUAAAACUUUUACAUGUAAUCGCAGUUUCCGUAGACAUAUGUCCGUCCACACAGGAGCCAGGCCUUUCCAUUGUAAAGACUGUGGAAGAGCCUUUUCCAGAAAGGAUAGUCUACUUGCACACGAGAGACGGCAUCGUAGAAAGACAACACAUUUCCGAUAUCAGUGCCAACAGUGUGGAAUCAGUUUCUUAAAUAGUUUUCAGUUAAAGACUCAUGAGCAACAGCAUACAUCGCCAGUAAGUGCUUCUGAUCAAAAUGAAGCUCAAGUAGAAAAUGCCAUUGUCACUAAGCCCCAAGGCAUUGCAGCCUCUAGUCCAUACAUUUUACCAGAACCAACACCCACAACAAGUAGCUAUGAAGACAUGUUGGAGACUAUGAUCAAUCAAGCACCUCAAGUUAGCAUCUCAUCUGACAAGAAGCUACAUCGAUGUCCAUUUUGUCGGAAGCUUUUCACUAAACAAUAUGCUAUGAAUUUACACAUGAAGACCCAUAUGGUUAUGUUCAAUUGUGAAUAUUGUGGGAAAGUGUUUCGAUUCCGGCGCAACAAACAGAUCCACAUUCUAAAAUUUCAUCAUAAACUACAGUGUGUUCACUGCCAGAAAAAUUUUCCUAACCCAGAUUCUCUGAGAAGUCACCAGCUUCUCCACUGCAGCAGUGCCUUCAAUAUGAAUGAGAUGCUUUCCGCUUAUAGUGGUCAGAAUCAAAUGAAGUCAUAUGAUACCUCUGAUCCAAACAUGUACUGCAAAUGCGGAAGCUCUUUUCUGAAUAAAACUGACUUUCAGAAGCAUACUGAUGUCUGCAAACAACAAACCACAUCAAUUCAGAGUUCCAGUGGCUGCUUCUACUAUACAUCACCUGAUGGCAGCGGGAGACUGGACUCAGAGAAUUCACUUUCUAGUGGACAACAAACUAGUGAGGUUUGUUCAAUGGAAAAUACAAUUGAGAGUUAUGAUAGUUCAGAGGUAUGCAAUCCAGUGCUGCAGUGUAAUGUCUGCACUUCAAGGCUAGAAAAGCCAAGAACCUUGCCUUGCACCCACUCGUUCUGCCAUGAUUGCCUUGAGAAUUGCCUGGACAAGUUAAAGUGUACCUUAUGCUGUCCAACAUGUCAGUUAGUUGUUUUGGUUCCAGAUGGUGAUUUAGCACAUCUGCAAGCUAACCAGAUGAUCAGUACUUUGUUAUCGGAAGUCCAGAAUUCAGAGCAACAAAUGCAUCCUCUUUGUAUUGUAUGUGAUGUGAAUGCUAGUCAUCACUGCCAGCAAUGUGAUGCCUUUAUCUGUAUUAAAUGCUCUGCAGCACAUCUUAAGCUACCUGCCACUAAAGACCACACUCAAAUCUCUUUGACAGAGUAUAACACUAAGGAUCCAAGAGAAAGAAUGGCAGCGGCAGUAGUCAUGUGUAAGGAGCAUGAUAGUCCAUCACAGUUUUUCUGCAGCAGCUGUCACAAACUAAUUUGUGUUGGAUGCACACUGGUGGAUCAUCCGAAAGGAAGUGAACAUGAGAUCACAGAUCUUAGCUCUGCCUUUGAAUCUUUUUGCACCGUCACUGAACCAAUGAUAAGUGAAUGUGAAGAACUUGAGAAAAAGUUGAGCUCUGCAAUGAAUGAGAUAAAGCCAAUACUUCAAAUUGAGCAUCAGAUACAAUAUAAGUGUAGAGAGUCAAUCCAGGCAUAUGUUGCAAAAUUAAGGGCAGCUUUGGACAAACUACAAGAUAAGUUAUUACUUGAAGUCGAUGAAUUAACCACUGCAAAACAGAUGGCCAUUGACAGUCAAUUAAAUUCUCUAAAAAGAGAACUUGAAGAUGUCAAAGGCACAAGGCUUCUCGCAAACCAAUUGGUCACCAGUCCCAAUAAAGCUAUGGCGCUAACAUCAACCUUUGAUGUAUCCAAACACCUUAAAGACAUUCUAAACAAAUCGCCACCAACCUCAAAUUUUGAGGCUAAAAAAGUUCUAAUGUUUACACCCUGUGAAGAUCUCUUAGAUGUGAUUCUGGAGAAAGGAAUUGGGUCUUUGAAGGAAACAGAGGAGUCAGAAUCUGAACUAAAAGAAUGCAUAAUUAUAGAAUAAAAUGGCACUGUAAGCAUACUCGGUGUAUUUUAUAUUAUAAUAUUGGAGCAGUUGUUGCGGUGUUCACUGUAUAAAAGAACAUCGUAUUUAAAUGUUAAUCUAGCUUGUUGCGAAAUCUAUUUUAUUUUUGCUAUAAAAACAGGAUCUGCAUUCAAUAAUUCGUUAAACUUUACCAUAUGAAGCUGGAGAUGUAUCCCGUUUUUCCUGAAUAUAAUGAAGAUGGUUUUAUGAAGUAAAUUGCAUAUUUUAAAAAAGUAAAGUACAGUACUUACAGUGGCUUGUAAAUUGCAUUAUUCAUUACAGUAUGUUUAUGUAAAAAAAUGUUUAAUGUAUUUGAAAGUGUACAAUGGAGUAGCUCCUUCCUAAAAAAUUAAAUGAAAUAUUUUACUAAAAAUAAUAAAAAUUUUAAUGCUACUAAUAAAGUCAGUCAUCAUGAAAGAUAAUUUAUUUAAAAUUGAUUACUUAAUUAUGAAUGAAAUUAAUUAUAAACGUAAACAAUUGGCUUGUGAAAUCGAAGAAUUAUAUUACCGUAAACCAAUGUUCUUUGUAAGCGCGUGGAACAGCAGUAAAGCUGUGUACUUCAAUUGAAAGGCCAUUGGUUAAUCUGAAUCUCAAUGCAUGUUUGUGUCUGUCAGGAAUCAAAUUUGUGUCUACACGAAGGUGGGGUGGUGCAUACCCCUCCAAAGAAUGCCUCUGAUACGCUGAGAAUGUCUCUCCAAACAGAAGUUUGGUACCUUGGUACUAAUGUAAGGAUUACUAGUUUGUAACAUUAUGAAAUUUAUAAUACUCACCAGGGAGUUAUUAAUAUAUGCUUCCUGCUUGAUGCAGGUUUCCUAAGACAUCGCAAGCAACAAAGAAUCUAACCCAUCUUUUGUAUAUUUAACCAUUUUUUCCAGAAAUCACUUCUUCCAACUUGGUACCCCUGUUAUUGCAAUGACCAGGGUAAUGCGAAGCACAUUUGGUUCUUAGCAUGUGGUUUUAUAUAAUGCAUGUUAUUUUUGUUUAAAAUUAUACAUAAGCCUACAGUGUUAAAAGUAAAGUGAUUGCAAAACGCUGGUUUAUCAAAAUGAAUGUUUCAUUUCAUUUUAAAGGGCUUUUAAUCAUUUUGUACAGGCACAUCAACAUCAACACAGUCUGCAUGGAAAGUGAGUGAUUAAAAUUCAGUUUGUUCCAUUGA